AUGGCCACCCUUCUUCACCAUAUUCAGCCGUGGAUGCAGAAGUCGAUUACAGAGUCUGAAGCACGUCUAGAGAAGAAGAUGCAGCAGUUUACUGAGCGGAAGAUUGCUGAAGUCAACCAGCGUCUGGAUGCGUUUGAGUUGCGAGUGUUAGCCCGACCAGCCCCUCCGAAGAGGAAGAAGUACCAUAACCAAAAGAUUGAGAAGCGAGAAUUUGCGGUUGGGGACUUGGUGCUUCUAUUGAACUCUAGGCUACGCUUGUUUCCUAGCAAACUCAAGUCGGAGUGGACUGGUCCAUUUCUUAUUACUAAAGUGUUCCCAAAUGGAGCGGUUGAGUUGGAGAACAAGGAGGGUGCAAAGUUCACAGUCAAUGGGCAAAAAAUCAAGAUCUACCUAGGGCAUGCGGAGAGUGCCCAUGAAGUAGUUGAGGCAUAUCACCUUGAUGAAGUAUGA